GAAACAGACAAUCUCAGAAGCCGAGUUCAGUAACAAGAACAGUUUAGUUUUAGGGUUAUGCUUAUGUUAGCGAUCAGAGUAAUCCCUAAGAAAAUGCAUUCUGUUAAAUGAAAAAAAACUUUUUAUACUAUUUUACCUGUGUUUAUAAAUUAAUUUGUGUUGUAUAAGUUGUUCGUUUUCCUAAAAUAAAAAAAAAUUGUAUUUUAUAGAAUUGUUCACAUUCCAUUGGGUUUCUUGAAAAAUGUCACAAACAUCGAAAAAGGACCAGAAAGUGAAUUUGCCAUGGGUCGAGAAAUAUCGUCCCAGUACACUAGAAGAUUUAAUAUCACAUGAAGACAUCAUACGAACGAUAAACCACUUCAUCAAAGAGGACCAAUUGCCGCAUCUACUGUUCUACGGUCCACCCGGAACCGGCAAGACCAGCACCAUACUUGCUUGUGCAAAACAGCUCUACUCGCCAAACCAGUUCAGCUCCAUGGUCUUGGAGCUAAACGCGUCUGAUGACAGAGGUAUUGGAAUUGUUCGGGGACAGAUACUCAACUUUGCUAGCACUCGCACGAUCUUCAAGUCUGGAUUCAAGCUGAUCAUUCUGGAUGAAGCUGACGCGAUGACAAAUGAUGCCCAAAACGCCUUGAGGAGAAUCAUAGAGAAGUUCACGGAUAAUGUGCGGUUCUGUUUGAUCUGCAACUACCUCAGCAAAAUCAUUCCGGCGUUGCAGUCUCGAUGUACUCGGUUCCGGUUUGGUCCACUCGCUACCGAGCAGAUCCUCCCCCGACUAGACUACGUUGUGGAACAAGAGAAUGUUAAAAUAACAGAUGAUGGAAAGAAAGCAUUAGUGGAUUUGGCCCAAGGAGACAUGAGAAAGGUACUGAACAUUCUACAGAGUGCAGCAACGGCUUUCUCCGAGGUCAAUGAAGUGACGGUCUACACCUGCGUGGGUCACCCACUCAAGUCUGACAUCAUGGACAUUGUCAGAUGGCUCCUCAACCUAGACUUUUCCACCACCUACAAAAAUAUCCAGAACUUGAAAGUAGUGAAAGGUAUUGCCCUUCAAGAUAUAUUGUCAGAAGUUCAUCUUUUCUUACAUAGAGUUGAAUUACCGUCGGAAGUUCUGACCGAGCUGCUGAUCAAGCUGGCAGACAUAGAGUACAGACUGACUUCUGGGACGCCAGAGAACCUCCAGCUGAGUGCUUUAGUUGGCGCGUUUCAUCUUGCACGGACUCGUAUAGAAUUGACAGAGGACAUCGCUACUUAUUGAACCUUCACAGAAAACAAUUCUUCUUAUUUAUUUUGAAAGAAACUAAAAAAAAAAAAAUGUAAUUUAUCCAAAGUUAAACUGUGGAUUAAUUUAUUUUGUUUUUCGUCUACUGCAUUAUUGGAAUAUUGAUUACUCUGAGUACUUAUCUGAUCGUAUUCCACAUCAAUUUUUCUGUUUUUUUGACAUUUAUUAAACCUAUGUUUUCAGCAUUGUUGAUGAUCAGCGUCUUUAACAGUGAAGAAGAAAGUCAAUUUAAUUUGUAUUUGGGAAUAGUUAUUUUUCGUAGAAUAUUCCGUUUGUGAGUCAAAAUCAACAUUAAGAAGGCCAAUUGAGGAUUCAUUAUUUACUAAAACUUCCUAGUGGAUCAAACAGAACAACGUAUGAAGUCUUUACAUUAUAGAAAUAGCUUGACUGUAUAAAAACAGUUAGAUGGUUUUGUCUGAUUUUACGUUCUACCCACAAGAAAGAGAAGGAAGGUGUAAGUGAGAUUGUAAAAUUAUUGCUUCAGUUGAUCUAGUUUGUGUAUUACUACGUUCCAAAGUACUAAAACAAAUCUUGUAAUCAUCGAUAGAAAUAAAUGUAAGGUAGAUCUUUGUAAUAGCAAGAACUAAUUUGAAAAAAACAAGGCUGGAAAACCUAACUGUAAAAUAUUCUAAAUACUAUGCAUAUAAAUUAGAAUAUGUUAGAAUCAUGUGAGGAAAGAAAAUAGGCCUUAAAAUACUGUAUAGUGAAAUUAAAUACAUGAAUUUAUAGCAAAAUGUUUAAAAUUGCCUUUAAAAAAAUAAUGGAAUUUUAUAGUACGCUAAUCUGAGUGAUGUUACUUCCCACAAUGCAUUACAGUCAAUAUUUUUGUACGAUUAUCAAUAAAAACAUACAAAAGA